UGUUCCCAGGAGUGUGCACACAACUGACAGACUCAGCUUUGGCAAUGCUGCCAAACAUAGAUACUGAAAACAACUUCCUCUACAUUCAGGAUUCGGGAUCAGACCAAAUGUUGAUACAGAAUUCCCAAGUUAAAAUGGAGUACCCCUUCGUACCAAUGUGUGAGGAGUUAUGUCCGAUUUGUGGAGACAAGGUCUCGGGAUAUCACUAUGGACUCCUAACGUGUGAAAGUUGUAAGGGCUUCUUUAAGCGCACAGUUCAGAACAACAAACACUACACCUGUGUGGAAAAUCAGAACUGUCAGAUUGACAAAGCCCAGAGGAAACGUUGUCCUUACUGUCGAUUUCAGAAAUGUCUGACUGUGGGGAUGAAGCUGGAAGCUGUGAGAGCAGAUCGUAUGAGAGGUGGCCGCAACAAAUUUGGACCUUUGUACAAGCAAGACAGGGCGUUAAAGCAACAGAAGAAGGCUCUUGUCUAUGGAAACAGAGUUAAAUUGGACCCCACAACGUACGUGAUGCAAAGUGUUCCAACAGAUCUGAGUGGACCAGUCAGCAGUGAAAGUCUGCACUCAGUAUCCAGGUGCUUAUCGUUAAGCUACAACGGCCUACCAUCUUCAAUGGGAGACCAGGAUGGGAGCCCCAUUGGCUCUUUGCCGGUCAGUAUGUCAGUUGCACCUCAUGGCACCAUUUCAGGGUAUCAGCUCUGCAGCCCCUUCCCGGGCUGUCAUGUCAAGUCAGAGCACAUGGACCCCAGUUACUCAGGCUCCCAGGAGUCAUUGCUUGGCAACCCAUACAUUAUGGCCUACAGGCCCAACUCAAGUACAACAGUGCCCCAGUUGAUGCAAGAGCUAGUGAAAUGUGAGCCAGAUGAGGCGCUGAUCCGGGCGAAGAUCUUAAACUAUCUGCAGCAAGAGCAGACCUCCAGAGGAAAGCACGAGAGGCUCAACACCUUUGGAAUUAUGUGCAAGAUGGCUGACCAGACCUUGUUCUCCUUGGUGGAGUGGGCCAGAAGUAGCAUCUACUUCAAGGAACUGAAGGUUGAUGAUCAGAUGAAACUUCUCCAGAAUUGCUGGAGUGAACUGCUAAUCAUGGACCAUAUCUGCAGGCAGCUGGCUCAUGGGAAAGAGUCAAGUAUUCUUCUUAUCACUGGGCAACAGAUUGACCUUUCAACCAUCGCUUCACAAUCAGGUGCCACAUUGAAUAAUUUGGUGAACCGCACACAGGAAUUGGUAGCCAAGCUCCAGUCCCUGCAGAUAGAUCGUCAUGAGUUUGUCUGCCUGAAAUUCUUGGUUCUCUUCAGCCCAGAUGUGAAGAACCUAGAGAACCAGCCCUUUGUGGAAAGUAUCCAGGAAAAGGUUAACAGGGCUCUGAUGGACUACACCAUGCGCUUCCCCCAACAGGUUGACCAGUUUGGGCAGUUACUCCUACGGCUCCCGGAAAUACGAGCUAUCAGCAUGCAAGCUGAGGAGUACCUUUACCUCAAGCAUUUGAAUGGAGAUGUGCCAUGUAACAACUUGCUCAUUGAAAUGCUCCAUGCCAAGCACUUCUGAGGGAUGAACGAGCGCUAAACAGUGGAUAAAAGUCCUUGGGAACCCAACAGAAAACAUAUGGAAACAAAUUUGCACAUUGAUGACCGGACAGAUAGAAACAAACACAUGUUGGCAGAUGUAAAAUUAAAUACUGCCUCUGUAUGUUUGUGGAUUCUAUUUAUAAUGGAACCAUUCUAGACAUUGUUUUGCCAUCAUAAUGAGUCACCACUGUUCUUGUGUGGAAUACCAUUCAUUUACUGGAGUUCUCAAAGCAAAGCAGAAAGACUCAAACUGGUAACGAAAGGGAUGGAUGCCACUUGCCCAGUAAUCCAGGAUCUAAUGAGUUAAAGUGAUAGGAUCAAAUUUAACCAUGUCUGUUGGGCCAAUUGAAAUUGGGUCAGUUUAGUAAUAUGUGAAUUAAAGCUAAUUAAGUGGUGAACAUGAAAAUACAAAUUUGUCAUAAACAUUCAUCUGGUUCACUAAUGUCUGUUAAGGAAGAUUGUGAUCCUUGUGUGUGAUGUCAGGCUGUGUUGGUGCAGUUCAUUGAAAGCCACAUGAUUCAAGGACACUAUUGCUCUACAGGAAUGAGUGAAAGAAUGCAGUUUCAGAGGAUGAAAUGAACCAUUAGGGUCCACCUGGUAAAGCAGACAUGCAUCUGAAAAUAAUUUGGCAAAGCCACUGAAUCAUAAUUAUGUCUGUCAAUUGUGGAGGACUGGGUGAUGGCAUCAUGACAACAAAAUGGAAGUCUUAAUCAGGCUUCCACUGUCAAUGAGAUUCAAAAAUUGUGAAUCCCACCACCAAAUUAAUUAAGAGUCUAGGCAGUUAUUGGAUAGAACUGAGUAACUGAGGUCACACAACACUUUUGGUUUACACUGUCUUGUACUUGUGAGGGAGCCCUCUUGAUCAACAGCCAUCCACUGACCCAAAUGUUCAUUCCCUCUAACAUAUACACACAUCCUUAAUUGGAAAUCUACAGUUCUCUUAUUUAGCACUCACUUUUAGAAAGGCAGAUGGUGAUGCAGAAAAUGGACCAUGUGCUGGUAGAAAAGAGGUGUCAUUGGCACAACAUCAUGGUCCAAAAGGGGCCCAUUUCUCUGCCAUACUCAUUUAUAAGUUGAAUCUUUCCUGGGACUAAAUUUAGAACUUAUUUUAAAACUUUAUGGGAGUUCCUUCACUGCAAAGGUUACUGUAAUUCAAGUCAGCAAUGAAUUAUUACCUUGCUUGCAACACCUUAAUAUCUUAAAAUGUGUUACAUAGUGCUGACCAAAUCAUGGAAUCCUAAAUGCAUCUGUACGGCUGGAUCUCCAAACUGACAAAGUUCACUGUCAUUGUCAAAGUGCCAAGUUCAAAGUAAAUUUAUCAUCAAAAUACAUACAGUAUAUGUCACCAUAUAAAACCCUGAGAUUUGUUUUCUUACAGGCAUAUACAAUAGUUAAGAUACACAAUAGAAUCAAAGAAAGAUUGCACCCAAAAGGAUAGACAAACAAUAAAUGUGCAAAAGACAGCAAACUGUGCAAAUACAAUAGUAAUAAUACACAAGAAAAUAAUGAAGAUGUAACCCACUCACUGAUGAAAAUACAAUUAUUUCAACUGCUUCACAAUUAUACAUUAACAGCAGUAAGACAGUUCUAGAGCCUUCAUAGAAAGCUGAUGAUGAAGCUGAGCUUAUAAACAAAAUUAUCCUAAUAUUUAACA